AUGGAAAAUUGUAUUGAUCUGAGGCACAUAGAGAGUGAUAGGCCAGUUCUUGUCAUCAAGGGUCCAAAUGGAAGAAUCAAUAGAGCUGUUUGGGGGCCUUUAAACAGCGCUAUAAUCAGCUGUGGCGAAGAUACUAUCAUCCGUGUCUGGGAUCCUGUGGUGUUGUCUCUAUCCAGCAAGAGUGAUAAUAAGCGUGCAAUUGAACAGUUGGUGACUGAAGAGACAUAUUCAAGGAAAGAAGCAAAUGAAUUGAUAAAACUUGUCAGGUCUCGUGUAGUGGACAGCAAUGGAACUUUUGGUGAAACUACUCCAAAUAUGCGGACCUCAGCAAUUAUGGAAGCCAGGAAAUGGCUGCAGGAGAAACGUUCAGGCUCAAAGAAAAAGUUUGAGAUGGAGCUUGAUUCAGCAAAUGUGGCGUCACCAUUCCAACUCUGGAGCCCUUUUUCAAUGCUGCUGCUUCUCAAUUCGUUCUCGGACAGUCUAUCCCCAUUACUCUCUGGCUCUCCUUGGCUCCAGUUGUAAUUGGUGUUUCUAUGGCUUCCCUGACUGAGUUAUCAUUCAACUGGCUUGGCUUUAUUAGCGCUAUGAUUUCAAAUAUUUCCUUCACCUACAGGAGUAUCUACUCAAAGAAAGCCAUGGCUAUGCUUCUCUUGCAACUUCUUCCAUCUGCAAUUGGCUUACGCUUCCUAACAAUUUAGUGUAUUUGGCUUUUGCUUCCUAAUAAUUUUUCUCACCAUUUUCAGACUGACAUUGAUAGUACUAAUCUCUAUGGUCUUCAGAAAUUCAUUUCUCCUUGAUUAUGUAGUGUUUUUUUUUUAUUUUUUUUAGUUUUUUAAAGUGUAAUAUUACAAGUUAUUGAAGAAAAUAUA